CUGAGAAGAACUAUAAGAAGCAAACAGUAAGAAGAAAAGAUAUUGAGAAGAACUCUAAGUUAUCAGCUGAAAGAAUGGAGGGAGAAGCUGCCGCCGCUGUCCUUCAAGUUCUUGUUCAAAACCUCAUCGACCUUUCCAAGAAAGAGUUGUUACUUGUCCGAGGCCUCAACGAAGAAGCUGCAAAACUGACUGAGCGUUUGAGUACCCUCCAGCAAUUCUUGAACGAUGCAGAGAUGCGUACCAUUCCCGGUGGAUCCGUCAAGCUGGCUUAAGAAGCUUGAAAACGUGGCCUUUGAUGCUGACAACAUUUUGGAUGAGCUCAACUAUCAUCUCCUCUACAAGCAUAUCAAACCCAUGAAACAAAGGGUACUCUCAUGCUUCUCCUCACCAUGCGUUAAAUAUUCACGCUCCCGAAAUAUGGCUCUUAGGAUCCAAGAAAUCAAUGAGAAUUUGGAGGUCAUUAACAAAGAGGCUGCGGAUCUUGGCCUCAAAGAGAUGCUUGCCACCAAUGUGCCCACUUUGCCUGAUGUGUCUCGUGAAACUGACUCAUUCACUCUUGAUCCAAUUUUUAUUGGAAGAGAUAAAGUGCUGUCAGAAAUAGUGGAAAAGGUUACCGCUUGUAUCACAACUGAUGAACGUGUUUCUAUUCAUGCUAUUGUGGGAAUGGGAGGAUUGGGGAAGACUACUUUGACUAGGAAAGUCUUUCAUCUCCUAAAAGAAAAGAAUCGGUUUGGAUCACAUAUUUGGGUGCAUGUUUCUCAAAUUUUUGAUCCAAUUGUCCUUUUCAACAAAAUCCUCUAAGCAUUGACUUCUCCGAAUCAAGUUGAAAUUGGGAGUAGGGAAGGUGUUCUGGAAAAGCUUCAACAAGUUUUGAAAGAGAAAACUUAUCUUCUUAUUCUUGAUGAUGUUUGGAAUCAAGAUCGUCCCGCAUGGGAUGGUUUUAUCCAGUCCUUGUUGGGGGUUAGUUCUAUUAAGGGAAAUUUUAUUGUCGUUACCACUAGAAUUAAGGAGGUCGCUUCAAUUGUGAGUCCACAUUAUCCACACGAGUUGAAAGAGUUAUCUGAGGAAGACUGUUUGUCAAUUAUCAAAGAGAAAAGCUUUGGAAAAAAGGAUUUUCCUUUGGAAUUUGAGGCUAUUGGGAGAAAAAUUGCGAAAAGAUGUAAAGGUUUGCCGUUAGCCGCCAACGUAGUUGGUGGAGUAUUGCGCAGUAAAUCUAAAGAAAAAUGGAUCUCAAUCGAAGAGAAAUGGCUUGCACACAAUGAAGGAGCUCAUAUUACAAAUAUUUUGAGGUUGAGCUAUGAUGAAUUGUCUGUACCAUCACUCAAGAAGUGUUUUGCAUACUGUUCUGUUUUUCCUAAAGGUCGCAGUUUUGGAAAGCAGGAACUGAUUGAGUAUUGGAUGGCAGAAGGACUUCUUGAAGCUGAUGGAAAUAAUGACUUGGAAUUUGUGGGAGAAAACUAUUUCAAUAUACUUCUAGACAAUUCUUUACUGCAAAUUACAACAAGAAAUGAUGACCGGGAGGAAUGUGUGAUGCAUGAUCUUGUGCAUGAUCUUGCAUAUUCUGUUUUAGGUGGUUCUCAUAAUGCAUCUGACAUCUUCCCAAUUCGAUACAUGUUCCUUGAAGACAAGUCAAAGGAUGUUUUGGUAAAAAAUGCAAAAUAUUUGCGAACACUAUUGGUCAUGGGUAACAUUUGUGGUAACAUGUUCUCAGAGUUCAAAUGUCUUCAUGUUUUAACCUUUAAGAGUUAUGGAGUUAUUGAGUUCCCAAGUUCAAUCAGGAAGUUGAUACAUUUGAGAGUUCUUAAUAUUAGGGGAUCAACAAUUGAGCGUCUUCCGGAUUGGAUUGGUGAACUGGUUCACUUGCAAACAUUGAGAGCAGAGAUAAGUUGUUUUAGUCUAACAAGGAAACAUCAACUUCCAAGUACUUUGAAGUACUUGAUUAACUUAAGGCAUCUUUGUGUUGGAGAAGAGGUAGAUUUGCCUGCCGAGAUGGGGCUAUUAACUUCUCUCCGAACCCUAGAGCGUUUUGAGGUGGGCGACAAGAGUGGCUACAAACUCGAAGAACUUGGAAGUUUGAACAAUCUCAAAGGAAAAUUGGAAAUUUCUAGGCUGGAAAAGGUUGGUAAUAAGGAAGAGGCUGAGAAAGCAAAUCUACAUAAAAAGUCAAAGUUAUUGGAGUUGAACUUGAUGUGGAAUCGGAAUAGAGAAGGUGAAACUACAAAUGAUGAGAAUGUGUUGGAAGGCCUUCAACCUCACUCAAAUUUGAAGAAGUUAUGGAUUUAUGGAUUCAAGGGAAAAAGUUUUCCACUAUGGACUCGAAAGAUGGAAGUUGAAAAAGUGGGUGAAACCUCCUCUUGUGUACCACUUAACAAUUUGAUUGAGAUAAGUCUGUCAAGGUGCUCAGAAUGUGAAGAAAUCCCAAUGUUAGGGCAGCUGCCAAAUCUCAAGUCUCUUGGUUUGUAUGGAUUGACUAAUGUGAAGUCCAUAAAUUCUUCUGACCAUGAAUCCCAAUGUAUUGUUUUUCCAGCUCUUGAAAAUCUCGAAUUGGUUUACAUGCCAAGGCUGACAGAGUGGGUACACACAGAAUCAGUGGGUGUAAGUGGUGUCAAGCUAUUUCCUCGCCUCCAGUGCUUGGUGAUCCAAUUUUGCGAGCAAUUGAUGAAUUUUCCAGCUCUUUUCCGGUCGUCUCUCAAAAAGUUGACUAUUAGAGACAUUGGGAGCUACAGGCCUUUGGCAAACAUAUUUGAGACCAAGUUGACAUUGCUAACACAGCUAAGAGUAGAAGGAAUAGAUGAUUUGGAAUGCCUCCCAAAUUGGUUAUUCGGAAGCAAUCCCAAUCUGUUGGAAUUGGAGAUAGCGGAAUGCCCCAAUUUGAGAGGACUACCAGAUGGUCUAUGCACCAUCAUCUCUUUGGAGAAGUUGAUUAUAAAAAAGUGUCAAAAUUUGGAACAUAUGGGCGUACAAGAAUCAGAAGGAAGCCUCACAUGUCUUAAAGAGUUGGUUAUUGAGGACUGCAAUGCUUUGGUGUAUCUGCCAUGUGAAAUGGUAGGAUCCUCGCUCAAGACAUUGAAGUUGGAGAAUUUAAGUAGCCUACAGAAUCUAGCAGGAAUAGUUGACUGUCUGCCGAAAUUGGCCCGUCUAAGAACGUUGAGCAUUCUUGGCGUUCCUCAAUUUUCGGCUGUUUAUUAUGUUGGUAGUCAUAGCCUGGAAUUAGAUUUUAGUGUGCUGGGAUCAAUGGAGAUUGUUGAUGGCAUAUUGCAAGGAUGCAACAACUUACCCCCAAUUAAAGAGAUAAAAUUGAAGUGGAGGGAAGGUUGGGAAAGUCUGCCGGAAUCAAUUCAAACUCUCACUGCUCUGAAACUGUUAAAGUUGGAGAAUUUUGGAAUGGAAGAGUUACCUGAGUGGUUAGGAAACUUGUCAUCCCGAUUAUGGGGGUUGGAGAUAAGUAAUUGCAACAAGUUAAGGCGUCUACCCAUACAGAGCAUCGCUAAGUUAAGAUACUUUAGUAUUUCAGAGUGCCCAGGAGUAUGUUUUGACAUUUCCCAAUGGCCCGACAUUUCCCAUAUCGCCCGCAUCGACAUUGAUGGACAACGAGUGUUGACAGAAAAUGAUGAUGCAGUGCACAGAGAGGAAAUGUGGAGAAAUUUCUUGGAGAGAAAGCAUCGCCAAAAUUCUUAUACUGAAGUAGAAGAAGCUAAAGAUGAAGUUGAAGAAGAAGCUGAAGUUGAAGCUAAAGAUGAAGUUGAAGAAGAAGAUGGAGAAGCUGAAGUUGAAGCUAAAGAAGAAGAAGAAAGUAAAAGGGGAAAGGAUUUGUGUUUGAGUUUGAGGUGCUUCCAAAGAGCGAGGAGGUGAAGAAGGAAUCAUUGUGCAUCAAACAUUUCCUCAAAUUCACACCGGUUUGGCUGAACAAGGUGAAGCAGAGAUUUGUGUCGAAUUUGGAUUUGCAUACCAAGAAAGUUUGACGGCUGUACUCAUUUUAUCCCUGGUGUUAUUGCAUGAGAGUUUGGAUUGAUUUUGUUGUUAUUGUUGUUGUAGUUAUUGUCACUUACAUUUUGUGAUGGAUUCAUGGUUUUCAUUUGUGGUUUGCCUGUCAAUUUUUAUUGGAGUAACCGGCGCUGGUCGGCAACAGCUAAUGUCGCUCUUGUUUUCUUUCAAUUUCCUUCUUUUUCAAUUCUCUUUUGAAUCAGUUGUGAAAACGUGGAUAUACAUUAUGAAUAGCUUGCCACCAAUUUGAUCUUGAUCCAA